AUGAAAAGAAAGCAGACUAAACAGAACAAUUCCCAUCGAAAAAAGAAGCUAAAGUCUUCCCAUCGCCGUCUUAAAGCAUCCCCAACCCAAAAUACUGCUGCUCAUGUUAAUGCUAAGAGUAAUCAUACACGUCUGUUUUUAAUUUCAGAACAAGCUGAAGAUGAAGUUAUCUCUGAAGCAGUAACGCCAAUAUCAGAAGAAGCCAAUCAAUCUACCACGGAGGAAACCAUUCAACCUUCUGAAGAAGAGCCUGACCACUCGGAAGAGCAAAUUAAUGCUGAACACCAAUUGCUAGAAGAGCCUAAUUCAUCGUCUGAAGAUGAUAGUUCACCUGAACACGUUUCAUCUCCUGAAGAUUACGUGUCAUCUGAAUCCAGCUCUACAACCAUCUCUUCCCCAGAAGACGGCUCUUCCAAUGGCAGUAAUUCGUCUGAGGAAACACAUUUGUUCGAAGAAGCCGACUCACCCACAGCGCUUAUCGAAUCAGACGAGGAAUUUACUGGAGAAGACUUAAAUCGUGUUGAAGGUACAGAAGUUAUUGAAGAGAUUACCGGAGAAGACAUUACACCAGUUUCAGAAACUACCGAAUCCGAAGAGAUAGCUACUAGAGACGAUACCCAUCAUGUUGAAGAAACAGAAAAUGUUGAAUCCGAAGAGGCAACUACUGGGGAAGACAGCAAUCGUAUCGAAGAAGAGACCCAUAAUACUGAGGAAAACGCUGAACCUGAAGAAGGAGAUACUAGACAAGAAGAGGCAGCUACUGAAGAUGAAAUUCAUACACCUGAAGAAACUCAUCCUAUUUCUCAAGAAGAAACCAAUAAUAACUCUGGUACGGAACAAGUUAGCGCCGCCCCAGAAGAAGAGGAAGCCGAAACUUCGGGCGAACUAGAAAGGAUUAAUCAACAACUAGACCCUCCCGAACCGUCAACAAUUCAAACUGAUAUAUUUCCAUUGCCUUUAGUAGCAAUACCUGCCACUGAAUCAUCAAUCGAUAUACUUAUGAAUGUAACACGUGCAUUUGAGCAUGCCGUAGAUACUGCCAUUGCCCAGCUUUCUGACAACUUGGCUGCUAUUUCAAGACAAGUUACUUCGGAGUUUGACUCUUUUGAGAUAGCCGUGGCACCAUCAUCACCAUCACCAUCACCAACACCACCACCACCACAAAUCUUUACCAAUGGGCUUCUGACCGAAGCAGAAGCUUUAAUAAAUCGUCACAUAUUUGAUGAAAUUCAAGAUAAUGAAGAGGAACAUGCCUUGGAACUUGGUCAACGUCAAACGCGAGUAGAAGUGCCAUUUCAUCAUGAUCCACCCUCCUUAGGAUACUUGAUUACGCCCAGAACAAGAAUACCUCGUGCGACAAAUGAACUCGCAAACGGAGCCCGGCAUUUGUCUGAUAUUACUUUAGAUACACUACGGUUACCAAGUCAUCAUCAUUCGACACCCAUUGGAGUUGAAGAGUCUGAGGAUAGUAGUGAUCAAUCUGAUUUGCCAACACCCUAA